UACAUGUAUAAGUCUGGUGCCUCAGCAUCUCGUCAAAUCUCAAAAAUACACAGCACAGCAAGGACUGUGUGUGUGUGACCUUAAUGGACUCUCCUCUGACUUCUCUGAAAUGCAGGUCGCAUUCAAAGAAUCCCACAAAUUGGGAUAGGCCACGGUGACGUAAAGGAAUGUCCUUGAAUUUGAGAUCGUCUAGCACAGGUCAGACGGUGCGUGCUGCUUCUGUGGGCCAAGUUUCUGACGCAGGUGCCAGGAUCUCCCUAACACAGGUAGAGAUUUACUUAACCUGUAUAGUGCAGUGGGGAUUCCAUGACGCUUUUCAUUAACAGCAGGAUAAUGAGGUCUUUCCACAGUGGGACUGAUCACCUGGUCGCAGAUUAACGAUUAAAGCUCCUCUAAAAGCACUGUUCCACCGGGUUCAUGGCUUCAGACUCACAGUGAGCUCACAGUGGACGCUUCUCGUCUGGCAGGAACUGAAACAGCAAGACAGGAACAGAAACUGCAUAGAGAAAUUUUAGCUGCAGCAGAGCCUGCUGGUUACUGAGUGUCUUCCUUUUUGUUAAAUUAAACUUUUUUUCUCCUUCAUCCUUCUUUGCCAUGGGUCAGACACAGUCUGAGGCUGAGGACAAGGAGCUGGAUCUCUCUGAAAUCCAGAACCUCUACAAGACCUUUAUUAUGGAGUGUCCAAGCGGGUCUCUAUAUCUGCAUGAGUUCAAGAAGAUAUUCGGAGUUAAAAGUGGUCCCAGUCCUGAGUCUCUUUACUUGGAAAAUGUAUUUCGAUCAUUUGAUGAGAAUGGGGACAACACAUUGGAUUUCAUAGAGUAUGUGGCAGCUCUUCACCUUGUGCUCCGAGGGAAGCUGGAAGACAAACUCCGGUGGUCUUUCAAAGUUUUCGACAAUGACGGCAAUGGACGACUGGACAGAGAGGAGAUCUCACGCAUUAUCAGGAUAAUUUACAAGAUCAAAGAAUGCAAUGUAACAGAUGAAGAUGGAAACAUUCUGUCCUUGGAGGAAGUGUGUGACCGGGUAGUUGAGCGCGUCGACGAGAACAAUGACGGUGACAUUUCUCUGGAUGAGUUUCUGGAAGGGGCUCAUUGUGACACCUGGGUCAAAGAGUUCCUCAGCCUGGAGGUCAACCCCAGCGGUUGGGUACAAAAUAUGCAACAGAUCAAGUCAGGCUAGUAUGUGGAGCGAGAAAAGGAACGUAAUGAAGACUUCUGAAGCGUACCUUAUACCUUUGCUCAGCGUUGCACAACAGAAAUCACUUGAACGAACAGUCGAUCUCAUGGCGUCUGUGUACAGAACCUGUGUGAUUUGUUCAUCUGUGAACCUGAGCAGCCUUGAAACAGACUGACACUUUAUUUACAGGAUUGAUUAUCAUUAUACUAAUCUACAAUGCCUGAUAAAAGUUUGGAGACACUUUGCCUUUUGGAAUGCCUUUAAUAUUGAUAAACAUGCUUACUUUGUGGAUUUAUUAUUAUUAUAUAAUUAAUACUAUGGCAAUAUGUGACAUUUAAUUUAGUGAGCAAUUAGCAAGGUGUCUCCAAAUUUUCAACAAGGCCAGAAGUCUUAUAGACCUCUUAUUCCACAGGUAAAAUCACCAAAAAAAAAAAAAAAGAAAUUUUAGUAUAACGUGUAUCUGCACUAUCAUAUAUCUGUUCCUCUAAACUCUAAAGGCCCUGUUUUAGGCCCUGUUUUACACCCUGUGCAAGGCGUGUUGGGAUGCUCUUUGCUAGCUUACACCCUGUCAAAUUAUUUUCUCUUGGUGGUGAAAAGCACAGGUGCUCCACUGACUAAAAUGAACCUAGACAACAGUCAAUCGUCAAGGCUCAUGCGUGUAGGUGUGGCAAACUCAACAAUAAACAGAAAAAAAUAAUAACCAAACAUUGCUGUUCUCUUAAAUGAGCUGAACAGUGUGAAUGCGCAGUUCAGUUUCCUCUGCUGAGACGUGCAAAAGCAGUUCGCUGUUAGGAUACUCAUCUGCCUCUUAAAGGAAAUCAGAACUGGCACACUGAUUGGUUUAUUUCACGUAAUGCCCAAAACACACCCAUAAUUAGUUAAGAAAAUUAGUUAACGCUAUUUGCAUUGUGUUUCGAGCUGCGCAAGGAGUAUUUUUUGCGCUCUCACAAUACCAAAGACACAUCGACACACCAUAAAUCAAGCACUAUAGGUCAAUAGAUUGCUCAAAUAGGGCCCUAAAUGUGUGUGAGGAACAAAUGAAUCAUUUAUUAGGCAUGGUGUAGAAAGUCUUGUCUGUUUUAAUGAUCCAUUGGGUUUAUCUCCAUGGUGUUUCACUCUGCCAUAUUACAGUGUAUAAAAAUUAGCUUUUAAGAUAGGGAUCUUACAGCCCAUAACGUCAUGGAUCUUUCACAGAUCAUUUUAGACAGUACGGUCGACGCUCUGGCUUUACUAGAGCAAAUCCAGUUAAGGCAGUUUAGACGUCUAACUCAUUAGCUGCCAUGUUUAGUGCUUAACCAAUUAGUGUUACAGUUAUACAGCAUUUACACCAUCCUUUUAGCAAGUCUAGUAGACUUUGUUCCUUUUAUACUCAAGCUCUAUCAGUUAACCAGUUUACUAAAGCUUAUCCAUCCUGCUGUAGUUUAUCCAUGUCUAUUCACACCGCAGGACAGCCAAUCAGAACAGAGCUCAUUUAUCUUAUACAGUAUCUUAAAGGCACAUGGAUUGAUGGAUUUGAACCAUUUAUGGAAUAUAAAAUGGAAUUCUCAAUGGACCUGAUUGGAAAAAUGUAAAAUACAAGAAAAGCAAGUUUAAAAGUAAGUAAAGUUUUUAAAGUAAGUAAGGCAGUCCUAGAUUUGUGAUAGGCAGUUCAGUCUUUUAGUAUGAUAUAUAUUCAUUUUUAUUUGCUAGGAUACAACCAUGUAGGAGAAUUAUAGAGCUUGAAGUCUGGAAACAUUCAUAGACACACAUUAAGGAUCAGCACACAACAGCGUAGCCGGUGAUCAAGUAAAGUUACAAGUAAAGUUAGGCAUGUAUCUCGUUAACCACCAUUUUUGAAGCUUAAUAAAGUUGGAUACAGGCAUUUAUAUAGAAAUGGUAAAAUGUCCACCUUAUGCACUCAGGCUGCAGUUACCCACUAAGAAAAAUGCUGUAAUGUCAGUUUGAUUUUGUAAAAUGUAUAAUACCAUAUAUCAGCCUAAUGUGCCCUUGUCCCCUAAGAUUACUGGUCGUGUUCUAGCUCUGCCCAGUAUGUUUCUCCUGUUUAUAAAAUUUAAUAAUCUUUGUUUUAUAGAAUGUUUUUUUUUAUUUUAAUAUGUUUUUGCUGGAAUUUUACUGUUACAGUUUUGUCCAAACUAAAGUAAUAAUAAAAGAUAUCAUGCUUGA